AGUGAUUAAUUUGCACACAGGUGAGAGGAGGCAUAUAACUGAUGAGAUGAGAGUUGAAGGCACUUCCUCCUGCACCUGGUAGCAUCACUGUUCAGGCGUUGAUUGUGGGACUGAAAGAAUCUAAAAAUGUCGAACCUGCAGACAGCGAUUGAGGGCCUCAUCGAUGUGUUCCACUCUUAUUCUGGAAAAGAAGGCGACAAGUACAAGCUGAGCAAAGCGGAGCUGAAGAACCUGUUGCAGGGAGAACUCGCUGAUUUCCUGGCAGCCACCAAGGACCCGAUGGUGGUGGAGAAGAUCAUGGCCGACCUGGAUGAGAACCAGGACGGUCAGGUGGACUUCCAGGAGUUUGUCCUUCUGGUUGCUGUGCUGACCGUCGCCUGCAAUGAAUUCUUUGAGGACUGCCAUAAGAGCGACAUGAAAAGCAAAGAGGGUGGUUGUUCCUCAAAAGAUAAAGUCUAAAACUUCACAUAAAAUCUAACCCAUUUCUUUUCAUAAUUUAUUACAGUUUGGGAUGUGAAUGGUUGAAUCUCUUCUCCAUUACAGCACUAUAAUGUUACAAAGAUACAUCACUGAAACCAACUUGAUUUAUUCUUUGCUUUUGGUCCUUGAAAACUCAAUCUGAAUAAAGAUGUCAUCCUGUUU